GAACGACCCUGUUCUUGAUAUCUCUGUCAGCAAGAACGGGAGCAACAGAGUUCCCAUUUCCACCUCUCCAUUGAAGAAGCAGAAGAAGAAGAAGAAGGUCAUGUCAGAGACUCAGUGCUGUGAGAACCCUCCGACGCGGAGCACCAUGAGCGUCGGAAUCGGAUGUGUGGCAGAGAUCGGAGGCUUGAAAGCCUACAUCACCGGCCCCCCUGAUGCUAAGCUUUCCGUCCUCCUCGUCUCCGACGUUUUCGGUUAUGAAGCACCAAAGCUGAGGAAGCUUGCAGACAAGGUGGCUGCUUGUGGAUUCUAUGUGGUGGUUCCAGAUUUUUUUUAUGGAGAUCCCUAUGUACCUGACAAUCCUGAGAGGCCUAUUGCAGUCUGGAGACAAUCUCAUGGAACUGAUAAAGGAUUUGAAGAUGCCAUAAGAGUUGUUUCUGCACUGAGAAGUGAAGGUGUAUCUGCCAUUGGAGCUGCAGGAUUUUGCUGGGGUGCAAAGGUGGUUGUGGAACUAGGGAAGUCUGAUCACGUUCAAGCUGCGGUGCUGCUACACCCUUCACGGGUCACUGUGGAGGAUAUUAAGGAGGUCAAGGCUCCCAUAGCUGUAUUGGGCGCUGAGCAUGACAAAAUGUCUCCACCAGAGCUUCUCAAGCAGUUCGAGGAAAUCUUAUCCGCUAAACCUGAGGUUGAUGGAUACGUCAAGAUUUUUGCUGGAGUGGAGCAUGGUUGGACUGUGAGGUAUAAAGACGAAGAUGAAGUGGUGGUGAAGUCCGCUGAAGAAGCCCAUAAGGACAUGCUGGACUGGUUGACUAAGCACUUGAAGUGAAUAUGAACUCGGUCACCAUCUACUGCGUCUACAUAUCCAAGGAAGAGAUUGACAAAGCACGACCGUUCCUAGCAGUAUUGGCCUAUCAUCUGAUGGAGUGGACGCUGAUUAGGAAAUGUCUUCCUUAUGCAGAUGUAAGUUAGCUUAGAAUAAACGGAGCCUGGCUUUCCUGUCUCGAGAUAAAUGGAAGAGCUUCGUGGGUUCCUUGAGU